AUGGACUCGGAAGAAUAUUCACAUGGUGAUGUUCAAGACUUGCAUACACAACUUUUUGUAACCAAUUCAUACAACAAGAAGAUCCGGCCGUUGGUUGACCAAGACACAGUUCUUAAUAUCUCUAUAGACUUUCAUCUUAGUGCGAUAACACAAUUUGAUGAACAAGAUGAGAGUCUUUCCACAGCCGGGUAUUUGCAUAUAAAAUGGACUGACGAGUUCCUCACUUGGAAUCCCGAUGACAACAAUGGCAUUAAUUGGAUAAUAAUCGUGUUGAAGUCAACAUGUUCCGUGGAUAUCACAUACUUUCCAUUUGAUGCCCAGAAAUGUAGUAUGGUGUUGAAGUCAACAUGUUCCGUGGAUAUCACAUACUUUCCAUUUGAUGCCCAGAAAUGUAGUAUGGUAUUUGUAGUUUGGAGUUACACACACAUUGAAAUUGAGUUACUAACACAAAAAGGAUUCGGACUGGCUGAAUAUUCAGGAAGCUCAACAUGGAAGAUUGUUUCUGCAGUGUCAGAGUUCAAUAAUAACUUGUACAUACCGAAAGCUACAUUCACUCUGAAUUUGCAGAGGAAACCCCUAUUUUACAUGUUGAACAUGCUGCGACUUCUAAACCGGGAAGAAACAAAUUGCCCAGUAGGCGGAUGUUACAGAUGCCUUUAUAAACUAGUCAAAUGCUUUCGUUGUAAAACAUGUAAACCACGCCCCAGUAAGGUUUCCAAUUUACAAAGCCAUGAUAAUGGAAUCGAUGAAAGUUCAGGCGAGGGAAAUGAAACGGUUACCUGGCCAGAUGUUAUUGAUGCCAUUGACUUUCUAUGCUUCUGGCCACAGGACGACAUCUGGAAACCGGAUGUUUCAUUGCAUAAUUCCUACAGCCCAUUCAAGGGCCUUGGUUCCUCUCAUUUAAACGCCUGGAUACUUAGCACAGGUUUCGUACAGUGGGAACCAUUCCAGGUGUUGAAGUCAACAUGUUCCGUGGAUAUUACAUACUUUCCAUUUGAUGCCCAGAAAUGUAGUAUGGUUUUUGUAGUUUGGAGUUACACACACGUUGAAAUUGAGUUACUAACACAAAAUGGAUUCGUACUGGCUGAAUAUUCGGGAAGCUCUACAUGGGAGAUCGUUUCUGCAGUGUCAGAGUUCAAUAAUAACUUGUACAUACCGAAAGCUACAUUUAAUUUGAAUUUGCAGAGGAAACCCCUAUUUUACAUGUUGAACAUGGUCAUUCCUAUCAUUUUUCUGUCGAUAAUGAAUAUAUUUACAUUCACGCUGCCUGCAAAGUCGGGAGAAAGAGCAUCGUACGCCGUUACCCUUUUCUUAUCAAUUUCUGUUUUCUUAACCAUCAUCGCCGCUGAAUUUCCCAAGAACUCGGACAACCUCUCAUAUUUAGCUCUGUACCUCACAAUCAUGACAAGCAUUUCCACAAUAUUUGUAAUUAUCACUGUACUGCAGCUGCGACUUCUAAACCGGGAAGAAACAAAUUGCCCAGUAGGCGGAUGUUACAGAUGCAUAUAUAAAUUAGUCAAAUGCUUACGUUGUAAAACAUGUAAACCACGCCCCAGUAAGGUUUACAAUUUACAAAGCCAUGAUAAUGGAAUCGAUGAAAGUUCAGGGGAGGGAAAUGAAAAGAUAACCUGGCCUGAUGUUAUUGAUGCCAUUGACUUUCUAUGCUUCUGGAUAGGAAGCGUUGUGACAUUUACCGUGACAAUGACAAUAUUACUGGCUCUUCUGAACAAUCCCGAUAGAGAUUAAAGUACCCCGUACCACGACCAAUGUUUUAAUUAAGAAAUAAUAUAUCCCAAAUACAAUGUAGUGAUUUUAUAGUUAAAUAAAAUCACUGUUUGAGAUAUCUUAUUACAAGCCUUGCCACUUUAUAGCCCAAAUCAGCCUCGCCUGAUUAAAUUGAUAGCAUGUUAUUCUAUAUAUAGAACAGUUAUUUCAUUACAUUGUUACACACAUUUGAAAUUGGACAUUCUAUGUUCAAAAUGUACCAUAGAAUAUA